AUGUGCACCCACAAACCUAAGGAAGCUAGCCUUAAAGCGCCAUUCAAGCCACCACCGCCGUUAAAACCGGAAAUUCACAUAUCGUCUAGCUCGUACACAGAACACAUGCGCAGCUUGUGGUUAACUAGGGCCCACACUGACAUCGUGCUGGUGGUGGGAUCCAUGGGAUUCCCCGCUCACCGUUUUAUUUUGGCCGCGAGCAGCAGAGCUUUCUACAGGCUGUUGACGGCCGAUCUGAUGGCGCGGAGUACGAGCGACUCCAGCAUGGUGAGCUCUCUAGGUGACUUCGCCGACGAGACGGAGUGUCUGGUGCGCGCCGAGCAGAAGACGUGCAAGAGGAGAGCGAGUUGCCAGGCGCUGCCGACGGCCCGGGAACUUGACCAUCCGGCCUUCCAGUGCAUCAGGAACGUCCAACCCGAAGGACAAACGGUGGUGACGCUUAGCAAACUAGUGACUCCCGGUGCUAUGCAGCAGUGCUUGCAGUUCGCUUACACCGGUACAGUCGAUCGCAGUGCGCUUAACUUGCGA